UCUAAAAACCACCAUAGACAUGGGAGGUGAAACGUGUGGAGAAAUGGGGUUUGGGGCUUCAUUGAAAAAGCUCUCAAAUUCAUGGAAGAAAAUAGAAAUGAGUGUCAAUGAUGCAAUUUCAAAGAGCAAAGUUGGCAAGUUCUUCAAGCUUGAAGCAAGGAAAACUUGUUUCACAAGGGAAAUAAGAGCUGGCACAGCAACUUUCUUAACAAUGGUUUAUAUCAUCACGGUCAACGCCACCAUCAUCGCUGAUUCCGGUGGCACUUGUUUGAUGGCUGAUUGUACGGUUCCGGCUAACCAAACGGCAGCUUCGCCGGACUGUAUGUUGAAGCCUAAUCUGGGGUACGAUAACUGUGUAUCGAAAACCAAGAGUGAUCUUGUUGUAGCCACUAUUUUAUCAGCCAUGAUUGGGUCAUUUGCAAUGGGAGUGUUAGCCAAUUUGCCAUUGGGGUUAGCUCCUGGUAUGGGACCUAAUGCUUAUUUGGCUUAUAACUUAGUGGGGUUCCAUGGAUCUGGGUCUAUAUCAUAUCAAACAGCCUUGGCAAUGGUUUUAAUUGAAGGGUGUGCUUUUCUAGCCAUAUCAACAUUAGGGGUUAGAGCCAAGAUAGCUAGGCUCAUGCCUAAACCAGUUAGGUUAGCUUGUGGGGCAGGGAUUGGUUUGUUUAUUGCAUUUGUAGGGUUACAGAUACACCAAGGGGUUGGCCUUAUAGGACCUGACCCAACCACAUUGGUCACUAUCUCAGCUUGUGCUAAAAUUGACCCUAUUUCAAACACUUGUGUAGGGGGCAAAAUGAGAAGCCCCACAUUUUGGUUAGCCAUGGUGGGGUUUUUAAUGACUUGUUAUGGCUUAAUGAAAGAGAUUAAAGGAAGUAUGAUUUAUGGUAUUUCAUUUAUCACAUUAGUUUCAUGGAUUAGAGGGACUUCUUUUACAAUUUUCCCAAAAACCCCACUAGGUGAUACAAAUUAUAACUAUUUCAAAAAAGUAGUGGAUUUUCAUAAAAUAGAGUCCACUUUUGGGGUUAUAAGUUUUAGUCAUUUCAAUAGGCCUGAAGUCUGGAUUGCUUUGGUCACAUUGUUAUAUGUUGAUGUGCUUGCUACAACUGGUACAUUAUACACCAUGGCUGAAAUUGGGGGGUUUUUGGAUGAUAAAGGGAGUUUUGAAGGUGAAUAUUUAGCAUACAUUGUUGAUGCUAGUUCGACUAUCGUCGGUUCGGCGUUAGGGGUUUCACCUGUAGCUACUUACGUUGAAUCAUCUGCCGGGAUUAAAGAAGGGGGUCGAACAGGAUUAACUGCUGUCGUUAUCGCCUUUUAUUUCUUCUUAUCGUUGUUUUUUACGCCGUUGUUGACAAGUGUACCACCAUGGGCUAUUGGACCUUCAUUAGUGAUUGUUGGUGUGAUGAUGAUGAAAGUGGUGAAAGAUAUAAAUUGGGAGAAUAUUAAAGAAGCAGUCCCUGCUUUUGUUACAAUGUCGAUUAUGCCAUUGACUUAUUCUAUUGCUAAUGGCAUUAUUGGUGGUAUUGGGGUUUAUAUUGCACUUAGUUUAUAUGAUUUAAUGUUGGGGUUUAUCAAAUGGGUGAAUAAGAUGAGGAAAAUGGUGAUCAAAGAACAAAAUCAAGUGUCCAAUGGGGUUGAAUCAAUGGUUGAAAUCAUUUGAAUUUGUAGAGAAAAAAGAAAACAAGUUUUUGAUUAGUAUGAUGCAAUUUUCUUGUUAAAAA